ACUAGAAGAAGAAGCUAGUAACUACUCUUAACCAAAUCAGUAUACUACAUCGAGAUGAAUCUCGCCAAGGAGAAGGUGAAGGACGCGGCGAGCGAGGCGAAGGCCAAGGCCAAGAUCACGCAGGCCAAGGUGGCCGAGAAGACGGAGGCGGCGACGGCGAGGUCACACGACGAGCGUGAGCUGGCGCACGAGCGUGGCAAGGCCAAGGUCGCCGCAGCCGAGGCGGAGCUGUACCAGGCCAAGGUGACCCACCGCGAGGAGGCCAUGGAGCACCGCCUCCACAAGCGCGGGCACAAGCACGGCGGCGGUCACUGAUGUGAGCCGGACGGCCGGCCGUAAGGCUAUGAAGAUGUACUACUGUACAUGCAUCGUUCAUGCUUGCAAGCCGGCCGGCCUAUACUGGUUUCGUACUCUUGUUUCAUUUUUUAUUCCCAUUCGAAAUCUUUGUUGAUUGACGUUGGGCUUAAUUUAGAGAGGUGAGAGCUGUCUGCCCCAGGUGCAUAUGUAUAUAUGUACUGUAUGUGUGAUGUGUUUUUAGCUUCUUGAAUAAUUAACACUAGCAGAUUGACA